GGGAGGAAAGAAGAAAGGGAGGGGAGGGGAGAAGCCGGCCUAGGCAGGCCAAGAAUGCUAUUAUUCUGGUGGUGGGAGCUGGGAGACCCCUGUGCUUGGACGGGAAAGGGUCGGGGGACACGCAAGAUGAGCCCCGCGACCACUGGCACGUUCUUACUGACAGCUUUUUUAUUAAGCUGUGCUGGUGGCAUAAGUGGAACAGUUAACUGGAAGACCAAACAAGUCAACAGUUUUAUUGUCAGCAGAAAAGCGGCUGCUGGGAAGGAAGAUGUGUUCACUCUUUUCUCAAAGGUGCACUCCGAUCGGAACGUAUACCCAUCUGCAGGUGUCCUCUUUGUUCAUGUAUUGGAGAGAGAGUAUUUUAAGGGUGAAUUUCCACCUUAUCCAAAGCCUGGUGAAGUUAGUAAUGAUCCCAUAACAUUUAACACAAAUUUAAUGGGUUACCCAGACAGACCUGGAUGGCUUCGAUACAUCCAAAGGACACCAUACAGUGAUGGGGUUCUGUAUGGGUCUCCAACAGCUGAAAAUGUGGGGAAACCAACGAUCAUCGAGAUUACUGCCUACAAUAGACGUACCUUUGAGACUGCAAGGCAUAAUUUGAUAAUUAAUAUAAUGUCAGCAGAAGAGUUCCCGUUGCCUUAUCAAGCAGAAUUCUUCAUCAAAAAUAUGAACGUGGAAGAAAUGUUAGCCAGUGAAGUUCUUGGAGACUUUCUCGGGGCUGUAAAAAAUGUGUGGCAACCGGAGCGCCUCAACGCUAUAAACAUCACGUCGGCCCUAGACAGAGGGGGCAGGGUGCCGCUUCCUAUUAAUGACAUGAAGGAGGGUGUUUAUGUCAUGGUUGGUGCCGAUGUUGCAUUUUCUUCUUGUUUACGAGAAGUUGAAAAUCCACAGAAUCAGUUGAGAUGCAGUCAAGAAAUGGAGCCUGUGAUUACAUGCGAUAAAAAGUUUCGAACUCAGUUUUACAUUGACUGGUGCAAAAUUUCACUGGUUGAUAAAACAAAGCAAGUGUCCACCUAUCAGGAAGUGGUUCGUGGUGAGGGGCUCUUGCCCGAUGGUGGGGAGUACAAGCCCCCUUCUGACUCUUUGAAAAGCAGAGACUAUUACACGGACUUCGUGGUCACACUGGCCGUACCCUCGGCGGUCGCAAUGGUGCUCUUCCUAAUACUGGCUUAUAUCAUGUGCUGCCGACGGGAAGGAGUGGAAAAGAGAAACAUGCAAACCCCAGAUAUCCAACUUGUCCAUCACAGUUCUAUUCAGAAAUCUACCAAGGAGCUUCGUGACAUGUCCAAAAACAGAGAGAUUGCGUGGCCCCUGUCUACACUCCCCGUGUGUCACCCUGUGACUGGGGAAAUCAUACCUCCCCUGCACACAGACAGCUACGACAGCACCAACAUGCCCUUGAUGCAGACACAGCACGUUUUAAUGAAAACCAACUUUUCAAGGAUUAUAGGUUCUCUGUUUGAAGUCGGCCCCGCUCUCCUGUCCAAUUGCUUUCAGUGGCCUGUUUUCUGCACAGAUGGACAUGUUCCCACAGCCCACACUGCUCUGUCUUCAUCACGGCUCCAGUAGAGUCAGUGGUAGGCAUAGUAUUCAGUAUGCCUGCUGCAGCGCUUUUGUGAGCACCCUCCUACUCUAGGUGGCACACAUGACCUCAUAGAGACCAGGUGGGCCAGACUCUGCUGUGUAUCCCAGGCUGGCCUCUAAUCCAAGAUCCAACCGCACCUUGAUUUCCUACAUGUUCACACACAGGUAAGAAUGCUCACAAGUAGCUCAACUUUGUUGGUGUUACUUAACCUCUUUGCACACGAGAGCUUUUUAUAUGUGUCAUCUAAAGUUUCAUUUGCAGGUUCAGGAGACCAUAUACAUCAUUCAGUCAGAUGCAGUGUUGGUUGUCUGAAACCCAUAGACUAAUUCAACUAUAAAAUGGCUCUUUCAUAUACCUUGUCCAAAUUUCCUGUAAGUCUAUGUGUUCUUUAACCAACAAUUUCUCAUCAGCCACCCAAGACCAUUGUGAUUGUAAGUUUGGAAGUAUAGCCAAAGAAAAAAUUCAGGAAAAACAGGCAUUGAUUGUCUUUGACCACUGGUUUUUAAAUAAUAUUCCAUCGAAGAAUGUGCUGAGAGGCCUAACAAGGGUGUGGGGUUACAAGUGGCCUUCUCCAAACACUGAUUUUGAAUUUAGGGUGUCCUUCAAACACAGCUUAUGGGAAAUUGCUGUCUUUGACUGUGUGUGUCAGAACACUCAGACCCUGGAUUUUCCCCUCUUUGCUCUACGUUUUUUGUCAAAGUGUGUUGGUUUAAUUUGUUGUUAGAUUAGGUGUGCCUGGAGCCAAUGGAGAAUGAGGAUGUAGGGGAAGUGUAGAGCAGUUUCAAAUGUAGAAUAGACCCAUGUCAGUUAUGCCUGAGGAUCUGAAAUGAAGCUCAUCCACGCCUCAUCCCAAGGACCCAUGUAAUUGCAUUUUGACUUGUGUAAUAAAAGUCUUGGCUUUUCCAUUGUUAAAUGCACAGCUCAUCUCUUCAAGGUUUCUACAUCAAUUUUUCUACCUUUGUGACCAAAUCCAAUAUAAAUACAUUGUAUGAACUUCUGAAAGAACAAACAAACCAAAAAAAAAAAAAAAAUUCCCUAAACCCUAUGAGCAUAAGUACAGUUAAAAUCUAAUAGCAAAAGAGGAUAUAAUCAUUGGGGUAAAUUAUCAAAUAGUUUCCUUAACUUGAAUGAGAAUGGAUUUUGUUAUUUCCUUAGCAAUGCAUUUUUAAGUGGGACCUGAUUUUUUUUUUUUUAGUCACUAAAAGGCAUUUAGAAGAGAUUAGGAGUUUAGGCUAGGCAUACUUUAAUCCCAGCACUCAAAUGAGGCAAGCAGGUGUCUGUGAGUAGGAGGCUAGCCUGAUCUACAAAGCAAAUAAGAACCUGUUCAAACAAACAAACAAAACAAAACAAAACAAAAAACACUGGAAGCUUUAAAUAGUACUCACCUAGCAGGUGCUGUGUUCACCUCCAUCAUUAUGUAUGUUUUUCUUCUUUACUGUGAUUUUUGUGUGCUUGUAGAUGUACCUCUGUAUG